UCUGUCAAGGCAAAUUUCAUUUUUCCACAUUUUCGCGAGGGAAAGUACGUGGCAAUCUCCACGAGAAUAAAUAAAUGUGAAGCGACGCGAUCGGAUUUUACGGUUUUUUCUUUUGUUAUGUUAUCGGUUUUUCGAGAUUGAUGAUGCUUUUCCAGCCGGUCGUCAUGUGAUUUAGAGAGCGAAACUUUUUGGACAUACACUUUGUUAAAAACGAAGUAUUACGAGGUGUUCGAGAUCAAACCAUGCUCCGAGUGGAGAAAUGAUGAAGGAAAGAAAUUUAUCGUUGUCCAAACUGGUGGCGAUGGAGAGACCAGCUCUAUAACGGAAGGGUUGCGAUCGGCCCUUGCCCGACUGCGACAGAAAACAACCCCUGGAAAUCAAACUUCCCCGUUGCACCAACCCCAAUCCAACGUCGACGACGAAGGCCUCGUCGGCGGUAGCACUCCCCCUUUAACCUCCUCCUCCUCCUCCAACCACCAUCGCUCCUCCAGCCCGCGCUCCAAGAUGACCGUCAAUUCGCAGUCGGGCCUCCCCAAGUCCCCCAGACCCCCCGACGAUCUCAUCGCUACUGCCGCCUCGGCUCUGCGCCGCCUCCACUUUAAAACGGGCAGGAACGCCACCAAGACGUCCACCAAACAACAACAGAACCAAACCGUACCAAAAGUAAUCAUAAUGGGAUCCAGCACAGCCUCCGAAACGACUAUCAACACCUCCACCGACAGCUCAAAUACCAUCGUCACCACGGUGACUGCCACUGAUGGCGAGCUCACCGAAGGCAGCCUGGACAACGCCGAUCCCGUCGAUUAUUUCUGUUCGGAGAACAUCAUGGAUUCCAAGUGCCACACUAUUCUUCAGCCCGUCCCUGUAACUCCUAAGACACCAGCUACGGCCAAACAGCAAACACCACCAACUUGUAAAGCGGAUACUAAGUUUACUUUUGAUCUGGAAGCUUCGAAAGGUGAAGGCACUCCAAAAGCGAUAGCUCUAACUCACGAGACCAAAUUCCAUUUUGGCGACACCCCCAUUCCUAUGGAAACAGAACCUUUUCCGCCACCGGAAGAGAAAACAGUGGAGAAAUUAAUGCAGGAACAGCUAGAACAGCUGAAAUGUGACGCUAAGAGGCGUAACAGCUACAAACAAGCUGCGCAGAAUUACGAGCAUCUGGACAUUGAGAGCGAUAGCAAGCUUUACAGCAGUCCAAAGCCUAGAAACGGCGAAGGUGAUGGUGGAGGCGUGAUGAGUGACAGCAAGUUGCAGAACCAACGCCCGAGAGAGCACAGGCGCAGUUUCCGGCGGAAGUUGGAUGUGAAGGAGGAGAAACCGGAAAGAACGUCACCGAAGAGGAGGGCGGAGAGGGGUUUGAAUUCGUCGCCUGAGAAUGAGAGCGAAUCGCCAAAACCAAAACAAAGGCACAAGAAAUCGAGUAGACGACAUCCUUCAUCUUCCUCUUCUUCCAGUCAAUCCAAAGCCAGAGGUGGAGAAAAAUUUUUGUACGACGAAAAACGAAUCUCCAAAUACCGGACCAAUGCAGGGACCAGUCAGGCAAGAGUCGCACCACCGUUGCCAGAUUUACGAGUUGAUUUUUUCAGCGAAUCUUUGGAACGACGACGCAGCAUCAUCUUAGACGCUCUGGCAUCGCAACUGCCACCACCAUCGUUUGAAAAGAGAGGCAGCGUCUGUUUGAACAAAUGUUUACGAGAAGUGGGAGCCCAGCUGGACGCCACUGGCUCCUCGGCCACGUCUCCUAUAAACGUGACCACCAAUCCGUUGGAGAACUCAGUACAUUUCGGGAGGAAAGCCCCACAGGCUACUAUCGUGGUGCAACAAGCUUCGGUGUCUCUGGACCAUGCGAACGUUACUUCGACGAUUCUGUUGAAGAACGGAGGUGAUUUUGUGGGAAAUGUGCAUUCUGGAGGUUCUGCUGCUGAGACGGCAAAUGCUGCUAAAUUGGCGGCUUUGAAGAGUCAAAAGGAGGAAAACAUGAAACAGUUGUUGGAUGUGGCUAACAAUUUGACGUUAGAGGAGAUACACGACUUUGAAAUGAGGUAUGGUAGUCCACACCACAACAGAUCCCAAUCUGUCAAAACACCAGGCAGGUCGUCGGGCAGGCCAAAUUACCUAUGCCUGCCUCAGCAGAGGUCCAGGGUGGCCUCCAUGCCCAACACAGGCGUUGAAGAGGAAUACUACCGUCUCAGGCAUUUCUCCAUCACAGGAAAGGGGGUGGUUAAUAGAGGCGACAGUUUGAAAAGUCGAAGAUCCAGAUCUAAUAAUUCAGUGGCUUCCAGCAAUUCAAGUACGGAACAACUUCCGGGACCAACUUCAGCGGCAGGAUCGGCCCGCACGAGCGCCUCCUGCAGUUUGGCUUCGUCUAGGGAAAGCAGUACCUCGGCCCCAGGCCCCACACCCUUCAGGGUGCUGAUGCUUGGGGGCCCAGCCGUCGGAAAAUCCUCUCUGGUAUCUCAAUUCAUGACUAGCGAGUACCUGCAUGCCUACGACACUAGUAUAGAUGAUGAAAGUGGAGAAAAAUCAGUCUCAGUUCUACUGGCUGGCGAGGAAUCAGAACUGACUUUCAUCGACUUCGCCACUGCAGAUUUAUCACCUGAUACCCUCAUAAACAAAUAUAACGACCCACAUGCGUAUUGUGUGGUGUAUAACUGCGCAGAUCGAUCGAGUUUUGACUGCGCAGAGAAGAUCCUUCAGAAUUUAUGGACGAUGGACACAAUAGGCACGAAGGCGGUUAUUUUGGUGUCGAACAAAGCCGAUUUGGUACGAUCUAGAAUGGUGACGACAGAAGAAGGGAAAUCCAUGGCAACGGCCUUUGACUGCAAGUACAUAGAGACAUCUGUGGGCAUCAACCACAACGUGGACGAGCUGCUGGUCGGUAUUUUGACACAGAUCCGGCUGAAGCUCGAGAAUCCCGAGAGAUCGCGCGACCUGUUCAGAAAGCGCAGCUCGUCCAAGAAGAACCUGAACAGGAACAAGUCGCCGGCUUCCGGAACGGCCACGCCUACUAGCGGCAGUGCUCAAAAUUCACCCAAAAAAUACAGAGGAAGUCGAACGUCAGCCAGUUUGAAAGUUCGCAGUUUAUUGGGCAAAGUAUGGGCGAGAGACAGCAAAUCCAAAUCCUGCGAGAACCUCCACGUUCUUUAAGCCACGUAUUAUAAGAUGAUCCGUCGCGAUCCUAGAACCAUAUCCUAAGUUCCUGAUCUUAGUCCAGUUUUGUACUAAUUUAAAAUUAGUUGGAAAGCUUGACACUGAUAUAUCCGGAUAUUAGAGAUAAUCUAAGUGGGAAUAACGACAUCUCAAAGCUGAAAAGUCUAAAUUGCAAAGUUUUAGAAUCGAUGAUUUAAGAUCGAUUUUAUGGUUCAGAAAAGUUUCUACAGGCUAGACUGUCUCUAAUAUCUGUGAUUAUUGAAAGUAAAAAAUGUGAUUGAUGAAAUUAUGAUUUAAGGUGAUUAAAGUUAUUUUUUAAUUUACUCUAAGCUACUUAUAUUUUACCGUAUUUUUAUGUUUAUAACAUAAAUUUAUAUGUAUAGUCCGUUAUUUAGUAUUGUUUUAUACUCGUGCAUUUGUAAUAAGUUACUAAUUUUAAGAUAGAUUAGGGAUGUACGAUACUAUUAGUGAUAUCGAUAUUCUGAGAAAUUCAAUAUUACUACAUCCCUACAUCCCUAAGAUAGACUGUUUAAGAAUGGUUCAUUUGAUGACAUCAAUAUGAUAAUUCAGAAAAAAAAGAAAAUUGGUAAUUAUACGCUUAAAUAUCACGCUUAACACUCAAAAAUUUUGUAUCAAUCUACAGGGUGUUACAUAUUUAAGUACGGUAGAUUAGAACAUAUUUUGACAGCGGUAUCAAAAGAAAAGAAAUAUUAAUAUUAAGGUUUAGUUUAGUUAAAUUUUUUACUUGUUUUCUAAAUGGAAUUUAUGAAAUAAAACAGAUUUUUUGUAC